GACACGGUCUUCUCUACUUCAUUGCUGACCCAAGAGACCGUCUCAUAUGCUUCAUUUCUUCUCCUCUUCUCUUCCCCUUCGUCCCCGACAAAGCACCACAACUCCGCAAGUUUUCUCUUUUCUUUUUUCCCCUUCUCUCUUUCGCCUACUCCUUGUUCAAUCGAUUCUUCCCAGCUACGCGACUCUUCCUCGCUUUCUCGCUUCUCUCUCUGCGCCACUGUGGAUCAAGAAACAGCUUUAAAAUCCAAUCUUUUUUAGGCACCUGAUGCCUCGUCGGUAGCAGUAUAUUUUCAAUUCGUUAUUUUUUUAGAGCUUAGAAUCUACUGGCAGCUUGGAUUUUUCUUGGGUGGUUGCUCCCAGUGAUCGGCCGCAUUGCUUGCGUGGUGGCACACCGUCAGCUUUGGAGUAACCUGUAACUGCAAGAGUUUGUUUGGCGUGAGCAAUGGUGAACGACGGCGAGCAGGCGUUGACGAUCGCUCCCGCCGCCGCCGCGGAUUCUAGCGCGGAGCCGGCCCGCCACGUCGGCGGCGGCGGAGGAGGAGGAGGCGGGCUUGCGGAGGAGAGCUCGGAUGAGGAUAAGGGGAGCCAGCGCUUCUCCGACGCGGAGGACCACUCAUGGCGGUCGCACUCGCGCCAGGGCUCCGUUGCCCUCGAGGACUUCAUCUCGACGUGCGCGUCCGUCCGCUCCGGCGCCGGGGACGCGGACGCGGACGGCGGCGGCAGGAGGAAGUCGUGCGUGUCGGAGUGCUCGCUGGGCGACGUGGACCUCGAGGCCGGGCUGGCCGAGAUCAGCAAGGCCAGCCCGGACACGGCCGAGAGGAAUUGCCGCAUCUGCCACCUCGGCCUCGAGAGCGCCGCCGCCGAGUCCGGCUCCGGCAUGUUCCUCGGCUGCUCCUGCAAGGACGACCUCUCCUGCGCCCAUAAGCAGUGCGCCGAGACCUGGUUCAAGAUCAGGGGAAACAGGAUCUGCGAAAUCUGUGGCUCAACUGCAUGCAAUGUGGUAGGUAUCGGUGAUGCCGAGUUCAUCGAGCAGUGGAAUGAAUCAAGUAACACCGCGGCUUCGCAAAUGCCUGCCAGUGAACCUCGGAGGUUUUGGCAAGGCCACCGGUUUCUCAACUUCCUUCUUGCUUGCAUGGUGUUUGCUUUUGUUAUAUCUUGGCUCUUUCACUUCAAUGUCCCUGGAUGAGUUUUCCAAAAGAAAAUGUCGUAAUAAAAUCUUCAAAGCCAUUGUUACAAGUAAAUACUAGCCCAGCAUCAGGAAAUCCAAAAGGAUGCUGAGCUGAACUGAAAAUUUGAUGAAGAGGGCGUUGGUUAACAGUAAGGUUGAUGUUAGUUUUGUAGAAAGUUUAUGGCAUAACAUCCAAGAAAGAAGUCACUGUGUGAAGAGUUGGUCACGGUGAGCAACUGUGAAUUAUGUUGAUCAUCAGAUCAUCGGUGGUGGAAUUGAAAGCAGAGAAAAGAAAUAUCUCAUGCUUCGUUAACAUUAGAAUGGUUUGAACAAGUUUUUGUUAUGUGCAUACACAUAUUCUGUGUGUUAUCUGUGUAUUA